UAGGCUCCCUACUAAACCCCGAGGAGCUAGCUGGGGGAGGCAUCCAUCUUCCAGCCUUGCACAUGGAAGCCAAGUACCUCGUCUACUACCUCCUCAUACUCGGCUCAUGGCUCCUCUCAUGUCUUCUCCACUUCCAGUACUUCCACCUCUCGCUCUCCUCCUUUGCAGCACCCCGCCCCGCCGCACUCGUCGUCCUCCCCAUCGCGCUGGAUGCAAGCUUCCUUGCCUCCCCGACCGUCGAGGCUGACAACAGGCGGCGGUCGGCGGCGUCAUCGGUGGUGGCAUCACCUUCACCUUCACCAUCGUCAUCACCAUCAUGCGAGGGACGGUAUGUCUACAUGCUGGACGUGCCGUCGCGGUUCGAUAUUCUCAGGGACUGUGUCCCCGGCUCGCCGUUGUUUGACGACAUGUGGAGCUGGUGUGCAAUCACGGUCAAUGCCGGGCUUGGCCCCGAGAUUGGCCCCGUCGCCGGCAAUGGCAGCAGCGACGGCGACACAGAUAUCAUCCCCAGCACCGGAUGGUACAGCACGGACCAGUACUCGCUGGAGGUGAUCUUCCACAACUGGAUGCGGCGGUACGAGUGCCUCACCGACGACCCGGCAGCGGCGACGGCGGUGUACGUGCCGUACUACCCGGCGCUGGAGCUGCACCAGCACCUGUGCGGGUUCAACACCACGGUACGCGACGGCCCGUCGGAGGCGUUCCUGCGGUGGCUGUCGUCGCAGCCCACGUGGGCGGCGCUCGGCGGGCGCGACCACUUCAUGGUGGCCGCCAAGACAACGUGGAUGUUCCGGCGGGAGCCCGGCGCCGGCGGCGGCGACGAAGGGUGCGGCAACAACUUCCUCGGCCAGCCGGAGUCCCGCAACAUGACGGUGCUCACCUACGAGUCCAACAUCUGGGCGCCGCGUGACAUCGCCGUGCCGUACCCAAGCUACUUCCACCCGUCAUCGGCCGGCGAGGUGGCCGCGUGGCAGGCGCGCGCGCGGGGCGCGCCGCGGCCGUUCCUGUUCGCGUUCGCCGGCGCGCGGCGUAUGAAGGGGCAGCUGGCCAUCCGCGACCGCGUCUUCGACGUGUGCGACGCCGCGGCGCGGCGCGGCCGGUGCGGGAUGCUGGACUGCAGCCACGGCCUCGAGGGCAGCAUCACCUGCCGGUCGCCGCGGAAGCUCGUCUCCCUCUUCACCUCCGCGCGCUUCUGCCUGCAGCCGCGCGGGGACUCCUUCGCGCGCCGCUCGUCCAUCGACAGCGUCAUGGCCGGCUGCAUCCCCGUCUUCUUCCACCGCCCGUCCACGCUCAAGGCGCAGUACCGCUGGCACGAGCCAGAGCCGGGCAGGAGCGACGGCGACGGCCGCCGGUACUACGUGCUCAUCAACUCCAAAGACGUGCUGGAAGGGAGAGUGGACAUCGAGGAGGAGCUGAGUAGGUACACAGAUGAGGAGGUCGCCGCCAUGAGGGAGGAGGUGAUCAAGAUGAUGCCGAGGUUCCUGUACAAGGACCCCAGGGUGAGGUUCGAGGGGGAGAUGAGGGAUGCGUUCGACAUCACCAUUGACGAGAUGAUAGCAAGGAUGAGGAGGAUCAAGAAUGGAGAGAAUUUGAUAUGGAAGGGCGACGACAGGGAUGAGGAUUUCGAUUCGUGACAUUUGCUGAAACUUCUCUCUUUUGUGUUCAUGUGACGGUGUACUAGACUCUAAGUAGUUUUAUUGUUCUUUUUUUUGUUGUUGUUAUUAUGUGUUGGUAGUCAAAUAAUCAGAGCGUACAGUUGCAAUGUAAUGAGAUAACAAAAUUAGGAGAAGUUCAAAAUGAAUUCAAG